UAAACAGCAAAUUUGAACUGUAAAAGAACCGGCGGUGGCUUCUGUUAUCAGUUGUAAAACGCAAAGACGAAGAAACCGGUGAAGGAGAAGGAAAAUGAUAAAAGCGGUGAUUAUAAUGAACACUCAAGGCAAACCUCGCCUUGCCAAAUUUUACGAUUAUCUGCGUGUGGAGAAGCAGCAGGAGCUUAUACGCAGCGUAUUUGGAGUGUUGAGCAGUAGAGCUGAGAAUGUUAGCAAUUUCAUGGAGGCUGAUUCUAUCUUCGGUCCGGAUAGUCGUCUUGUGUACAAGCACUAUGCAACUUUGUACUUUGUAGUUGUGUUUGAUUCUUGUGAAAAUGAGCUUGCUGUGCUCGAUCUUAUACAAGUUUUUGUAGAAACACUAGACAAAUGCUUCAGAAAUGUGUGUGAGCUUGACAUAGUGUUCAAUUACAGCAAGCUUCAUACAAUAUUAGAUGAGAUAAUAGUUGGAGGUCAGGUGCUCGAGACAAGUUCUACUGAAGUUAUGAAGGCUGUUGAAGAAAUAUCAAAGCUAGAAGCUUCCUCAUAUUCCAUCAAUCUAGUUCCAAAGACUGUUUCCAGUUGGCGGAAUAGAUAAGAUCCUCAUACAAAGAGGUGUUGAUUGGUUCGAAGCCUAUUUUAGGGUUUUGACUUCUUAACCCGAGUUUGCUAAUGGGAGAUGAGUGGUGGUGUCCCGUUCUGUUAUGUUAAAAAUGGCUACAGAUGUACAUCAGGUGAUAUUGUUUCCAGACUGUAAGAUUUUGAGAAGUUUGAUAGCAGUUUCGGCGAAUAUUUCAAAGCAUUGUUUCUGGAAAACCUUCAUUUUCAAGUUGCUGUUUCUAAAGUUGUAUAAACACUUCAAUGAUCAUCAUUAUUCCAAAUUACAUUUAGAACAAGUAACCGAGUUUCGCUUAUUGCAAUAUCUUGAAAUUGAAACUCA